GGUGAACUCCAGGUGUUGCAGGAAUGGCUGCAAAAGCCCACACCUGGAAAUCACUCUCUGCCUGCCCCUCCCUGGCAGGUUGCAUUUGGGAGCCGCUCUGAUCAUCAGAGGAAUGAACCGGGAGAGAGCCGUGCGCCAGCCCGCCAGCACUUGGUAGGACGCAGGGGCAAGGAUGGAUGUGGUGGACAGCCUUCUUGUGAAUGGGAGCAACAUCACACCUCCCUGUGAGCUCGGCUUUGAAAAUGAGACAUUUUUCUGUUUGGAUCGACCCAGGCCUUCCAAAGAGUGGCAGCCGGCAGUGCAGAUUCUCUUGUACUCCUUGAUAUUCCUGCUCAGCGUACUGGGAAACACACUGGUCAUCACGGUGCUGAUUCGGAACAAGAGGAUGAGGACGGUCACCAACAUCUUCCUGCUCUCGCUGGCCGCCAGCGACCUCAUGCUCUGCCUCUUCUGCAUGCCCUUCAACCUCAUCCCCAGCCUACUCAAGGAUUUCAUCUUCGGGAGUGCCCUGUGCAAGACCACCACCUACUUCAUGGGCACUUCUGUGAGCGUAUCCACCUUUAACCUGGUAGCCAUAUCGCUGGAGCGAUACGGAGCCAUCUGCAAGCCCUUGCAGUCCCGAGUUUGGCAAACGAAGUCGCACGCGCUGAAGGUGAUCGCCGCAACCUGGUGCCUGUCCUUCGCCAUCAUGACUCCGUACCCCAUUUAUAGCAACCUGGUGCCUUUCACCAAAAACAACAACCAGACUGGAAAUAUGUGCCGCUUCCUGCUGCCAAAUGAUGUGAUGCGGCAGACCUGGCACACGUUCCUGUUACUCAUCCUCUUCCUUAUUCCUGGAGUUGUGAUGAUGGUGGCCUAUGGAUUAAUCUCUCUGGAACUUUAUCAAGGCAUAAAAUUUGAUGCUACCCAGAAGAAAUCCGCUAAAGAAAGGAAGACCAGCACUAGCAGCAGUGGCCAAAUUGAGGACAACGAUGGGUGUUACCUACAGAAGUCCAAACAUUCCAGGAAGCUGGAGCUUCGCCAGCUGUCCCCCAGCAGCAACAGUGGCAGCAGGAUCAAUCGUAUCCGGAGCAGCAGCUCCGCGGCCAACCUGAUGGCCAAGAAGCGGGUUAUCCGCAUGCUCAUGGUCAUUGUGGUCCUCUUCUUCCUGUGCUGGAUGCCCAUCUUCAGCGCCAAUGCCUGGCGGGCGUACGACACUGUCUCUGCCGAGCGCCACCUCUCCGGGACGCCCAUCUCCUUCAUCCUCCUGCUCUCCUACACCUCCUCCUGCGUCAACCCCAUCAUCUACUGCUUUAUGAACAAACGGUUCCGCCUCGGCUUCAUGGCCACCUUCCCCUGCUGCCCCAACCCAGGGCCCCAAGGGGUGAGAGGAGAGGUGGGGGAGGAGGAGGAAGGCAGGACCACAGGCGCAUCUCUGUCCAGAUACUCCUACAGCCACAUGAGCGCCUGUGCUCCGCCCCCAUGAGCGGGGCCUUGGGCCACCCAGUACCACAGAAAGGAGGCCACAGGAGGAAGAAGAGAGAAGGAAGGAAAGGAGAAAGCAGAAGGGGAAAGAAGGGG